UCCCCGGUUGGUAAAGGGUUGUGCUUGGGAAUGUGUGACGACCACCUGGAUGGGAGGAAGGUGCCCUGGGACCCAGUGAAGCUGGGGACUUGAGUGGGGUGGGACAGGCAUGUGCUGGUCGUACUGGUCAGGACAGAAGAGGACAGGUUAUGCCUUCACGUGCCCUGCGCCCAUCACCUGCCAAGCAAAGUGAAGACCCAGGACUGGAGAGCCCACUUGCAUUUUGAAGGAGGACAUGGCGGGCAGGCUGAGGCAGGUUCUUCCUCAGCAGCCGGGAGAGGGAGAGAGACUGGGAAGGCUUCCUGUUUCCCGUUUCUUCCAGAGCCUGGCCUGCGUGCACUGUGGGGACAAGAGCACGAGCAUCCAGGUUCUCUGUCUGAGUCACAGGAUGGCGGCCAUGGUUCUGUCUCCCACCUGCGCUCAGCCUUCCCUGUACUCGGCCUCCCCUCAGAGAGGAUGCGCGGAGGGGGAAGGGUUGGCUCAUGGCUUCCUGACAGGCUGGUUACCGGACUCGGUGACCUUCGAGGAUGUGGCGGUGGAGUUCAGCCAGGAGGAGUGGGCCCUGCUGGACCCUUCUCAGAGAACACUGUACAGAGAUGUGAUGCGGGAAAACUGCAGGAACCUGGCAGUAAGGGUUUGGGGAUUCCCAUUUCUUCCAGAAUCCCCAAACCUCCCAUCUCUAGGUAAGCCUGACCUCAGCCCUGCAUUUAUUUCAUGACCCAAGUAAUAACUCUUUUUUAAAAAUUCAUGUAACAC